CGUUGAUGUUAUGCACUGAUGAUCGGCAUAGCCAAUGGACAAUUAAAUUUAUCCUUGAUGUAGUGCAACCUGAUCUAAACAUGAAGACAUAUCCUCGAGGAUUAUGGAUGACAAUCGCGGGGCCGAGAUUGGAUGGGACCAACCCAGUUGAUCAAAGUGGAGCCGGGGAGAAAGACGCCAACUCCGAGUUCCAGAGCUUCCGCCCAUUUUUGCUUUCUUGGUGACCCCGGCAUUUCUCCUCCCCCACCGUCCUCUUCUUGACUCAAGCAUAUCAGUGUCGUGGUUCCUCGGGUUGUUCUUCCUCCACAACCCUCCUCCAUCACAAUGCUGCCUCAAACUCGGGCGCGCGUGCCCGCUGCUCUGCGGAGCUUGACCCGGUCCUCAGCGACUGUUCGCACUCUCUCUACCACCCUUGCCCGCUUCCAAAAUGAGGACAAGGCCCUCAACAAGACCUCUCGCACCAUCACCCAGCCCAAGUCCCAGGGUGCCUCGCAGGCCAUGCUAUACGCCGUCGGUCUCAAGGAGGAGGACAUGAACAAGGCCCAGGUCGGCAUUUCGUCCGUCUGGUUCAAUGGUAACCCUUGCAACAUGCACUUGCUCGACCUGAACAACAAGGUGCGCCAGGGUGUCCAGGACCAGGGCCUCAUUGGCUUCCAAUUCAACACCGUCGGUGUCAGUGACGGCAUGAGCAUGGGUACCCCCGGUAUGCGCUACUCCCUGCAGAGUCGUGAUCUGAUUGCCGACUCUGUGGAGACCGUGAUGGGUGGUCAGUGGUACGAUGCCAACAUCAGUAUUCCUGGCUGUGACAAGAACAUGCCCGGUGUCCUGAUGGCGAUGGGUCGUGUCAACCGUCCCAGUCUGAUGGUCUACGGUGGUACCAUCAAGCCCGGUUGCGCCGUGACUCAGAACAAUGCCGAUAUCGAUAUCGUUUCGGCUUUCCAGGCGUACGGUCAGUUCAUCGCCAAGGAGAUCACCGAGCCCCAGCGUUUCGACGUGAUUCGUCACGCUUGCCCCGGUGAGGGUGCCUGCGGUGGCAUGUACACUGCCAACACCAUGGCUACCGCCAUCGAGACCAUGGGUAUGACCCUGCCCGGUUCUUCCUCCAACCCGGCCAACUCCCAGGCCAAGUACCUGGAGUGUCUGGCUGCCGGUGGUGCCAUCAAGAAGCUACUCGCCGAGGACAUCCGUCCCCGUGAUAUCCUGACCCGCCAGGCCUUUGAGAACGCCAUGGUCGUCGUCAACAUCACUGGUGGAUCCACCAAUGCCGUUCUGCACUUGAUCGCCAUUGCCGACUCCGUCGGUAUUAAGCUCACCAUCGACGACUUCCAGGCCGUCUCGGACCGUAUUCCCUUCCUGGCCGAUCUCAAGCCGUCCGGCAAGUACGUCAUGGCCGACAUGUUCGCUAUUGGCGGUACCCCGGCUCUGCUGAAGAUGCUCCUCAAGGAGGGUCUCAUUGACGGCUCCGGUAUGACCGUCACUGGUGAGACUCUGGCCAAGAACUUGGAGAAGGCUCCCGACUUCCCCGAGGACCAAAAGAUUAUCCGUCCCUUCUCCAACCCUAUCAAGUCCACUGGUCACAUUCAGAUCCUGCGUGGUUCUCUCGCCCCCGGUGGUAGUGUUGGUAAGAUCACCGGUAAGGAGGGUACCGUCUUCACUGGUAAGGCCCGUGUGUUCGAUGCCGAGGACGACUUUGUCGCUGCGCUGGAACGCAACGAGAUUAAGAAGGAUGAGAAGACCGUCGUUGUCAUCCGCUACUGCGGUCCUAAGGGUGGCCCCGGCAUGCCUGAAAUGCUCAAGCCCUCCUCCGCCCUGAUGGGCUACGGUCUCGGCUCUUCCUGUGCCCUGAUCACCGACGGCCGCUUCUCUGGCGGUUCCCACGGCUUCCUGAUCGGUCACAUCGUCCCUGAAGCUGCCACCGGCGGACCUAUCGGUCUCGUCAACGACGGUGACGUGAUCACCAUCGACGCCGAUAACCGCGUCCUCGACUUGGAUGUCCCCGAGAGCGAGCUCGCCGAGCGUCGCAAGGACUGGGAGGCUCGCAAGGCUGCUGGCAAGUUGCCCGAGACUGGUCUGACCAUGCGUGGUACCCUGGGCAAGUAUGCUCGGAAUGUCAAGGAUGCCAGCCAGGGCUGCAUCACUGAUGCUCUAGAGUAAGUCGGUUGAGGUUGAUUGUUUUCUUUGGUCCGGGUGGCGGUCCUACCCGAGUAUAAAAGCGGUUGUAUAUUGUAUGGGCUUGUGCUAUAAUAUCAUUUCAAUACAAUGUUAUAUUUGUUCAUCUAACAAAGUUUCUCAUUUCAUCAUAUUGGCUUCUAUAUAAAACGGCAACGAUUCAUCG